UCGACCAACUGGGCUUCCAAACGGCCGUGGCCACCCCCAACCCGCUCCGCCUCCUUCCUUCCCCCACUCCCGACUCCCGAGCUCCGAUCCGACCGACGCCGCCCGCCCGUGCCGGCGUCGCGCGCAGGGGAGGAGGACCGGCCGGCCGGCCCCGCCCGCCCGCCGCCAUGCCGAGCUCCCCCAAGGUCUUCUUCGCCUCCUCGACCCCCUCCUCGCGCCGCGCGGGGGCGCUGCGCCGGCUGCUCUCCUCGCCGGCCUUCUCCGCGGCCUGCCUCCUCUUCGGCCUCGCCGGCUUCCUCGCCGCCGCCCUUACCCUCUCCGGAUCCCCGCCCGCCGCGCGCAGCCGCUGCCCGGACUCCUCCCGCCCGCUCUCCGUCUCCGUCGCGUGGGACCGCCGCCCCGGGGAUGUCUCCGCCGCGGGCUCCGCGGAGCUCCCGGCCCACCUCGCCACCGGAUCGCGCGGCCGGCACAAGGUCAUGGCCUUCGUCGGGAUCUUCACCGGGUUCAGCUCCAUCGGGCGACGCCGCGCGCUUAGGCGGACGUGGCUCCCCGCGGAUCGCCAGGGCCUACUUCGAUUGGAGGAAGCUACUGGUCUGGCAUUCCGGUUCGUGAUUGGGAAAAGCAACUCAAAGAACAAGAUGACCGCUCUUGACAGAGAAGUUGAAGAAUUUGAUGAUUUUGUGCUUUUAGAUAUUUUGGAGGAGUAUAGCAGGCUCCCAUACAAAACGUUAGCCUUCUUUAAGGCUGCCUAUGCAUUGUAUGAUUCUGAUUUCUAUGUUAAAGCUGAUGAUGACAUUUACCUGCGACCAGAUAGACUUUCCUUGCUUCUGGCUAAAGAGCGGCCACAUCCACAAACAUAUAUUGGAUGCAUGAAGAAGGGGCCAGUUUUCACUGAUCCUAAGUUGAAAUGGUAUGAGCCCCAAUCCUUCUUACUCGGAUCUGAAUACUUCCUUCAUGCGUACGGGCCAAUUUAUGCUUUGUCAGCUGACGUGGUGGCUAGCUUGGUUGCCUUGAGAAACAACAGUUUCCGUAUGUUCAGCAAUGAGGAUGUUACAAUUGGAUCCUGGAUGCUUGCCAUGAAUGUCAACCAUGAGAACACGCAUGCACUUUGUGAACCGGACUGUACAGAGUCUUCAAUUGCUGUUUGGGAUAUUCCAAAAUGUUCAGGGCUGUGCCACCCAGAGGUAAAAAUGCUAGAGCUUCAUCAAAGAAAAGAGUGCACGGGUGGUCCCACCGUGGCGGCUGAGGUGUCGGAGUCUGAUGACCGAUGAUUUCUUCAUCGGAAAACACCAAACACGAACUGCGGAUCUGAUAGUUGACAUCUGCCCCUAACUCAAUAGAUGUGCUUGGAGUAUUCAUUGGAUUCGUCAGGUACAAUCAUUGCGGGAGCACUGUCCAAGAAACCUAUACAGGCGGCGUCAUAACCUAGCGCUAUAGCAGAGGCAUCCUCGCUCAGCAUUCUUGUCACAGCAGCCUUCAUUGCUUUUCCUUUUCACAAUGCAACCAUGAUGGUCGCUUGGAACGUUCAUCCUGUCUCGUAGCAGAAGAGGAAUUUUGUUGUAUAGAAAUUAGAGGGAAGAGAAUGCAUUAGCAGUUGAUAGACCACACACACCUUCAGAUGCUGUGACACUGGAAGUUAGCGUUUUACACGCUUGAUUUUCGCUGAUGUGAGUUCAUUUUGCCAAUGCUGAGUAUAAUUUCAGGCCGUUGGGUAA